CGAAUCCGCCGGAGCUGUGCGCCGCGUCGCGUUGCUGACCGAGGCCCCCCAGGCCCUCUAGGCCCUGCUCCUCCACAGCGCGCGCGUCGCCGAGUGGUGCGCGCCCCGCAGGGCUAGAACCAGGACUAGGACUAGACCGCCGUGCUGGGGACUCGCUGCACUCACUAGACGAGCGCGACAUGUGGAACAUCCUCCUCGUCGGCGCCGUGUUGGCCGGCCUGGCUGCCCCCGGACUGGCCGGCCCCGUCGUCCACGAGCAGGCCCAGGCCAACGGAGGAGUCCCGGAGGUGGGCGUGCCGCUGGCGGCCAUGACGGACUCGGAGCUGCAGUGGGUGCGCGACUACCUGGUGGAGCUGAUCCGCGAGGACCCCUGGCAGGACAACAAGAUGCCGCUGCUGUACGUGGAGCAGCCCCAGGACGGCGGCCGCCCGGUGCAGCCGGGCCCCGGACCCAACCCCGACGACGCCGAGGACGCCGACAACGCCCUGGACGCCAUGCCGGUGAAGCGCUCGCGCUACUACCGCCGCUACCCGUGGAAGCGCGUCACCCGCAACCGCGGCACCUACGACCCGGACCUCUACAUGUGCAACCCGUCCAGGGAGGACGUCAUCCAGCUGCUCGUGGGACUGCACCGCGCGCGCGAGGGCGACACCGGCCGCACCAUCAACUUCUGCAACCGGAAGCGGCCGGCCUCGUCCGUGUUCACCAACAUCCGGUUCAUCGGCUAAGGGAGGGCCGCCGGGCUGGGCGUCAUGUUCGGGGUUUGGGGCAACGCGGUGGGGCGGAGAAUGCGAGGCGAUGCAGAGGAAACAUCCGUUUUUUUUGUUGUUUUCUUUUUUUAGUCUGUAGAGCGAGUCAUAUCAGCGUGUCGUUUUCGUUUCCAAGUUGGGUGCCGAGGGGAGAAGCAGCAGAGGACAGGAGUUGAAUCGAUGGUCACACGGUUGUUCUUUUCGUCAAGCGCCGCAAAUGUCUCUAAACUCCCUCGAGGAUCGUUUUAAAUGACUUUGGUUGUUGUUUUGGAAUGAUCGUCAUCAACCUGGACACCGCUCUCCGAUGUAGCGGGACGGGUCCACUUUGGCGUUGAUGCUAUGUGUUUACUUAGUUAGCAAUCCUUAAAUAAAGUGUCAAUGUUGGGGGUGGGUGAGAAGCAGGCACGACUAUCCUUAUAAUUUUUUCCUUAGAGUUAAAAUCCGUAGUGAAGAACAACUUAGACGCUUUAUUUUCCUGCUCAGAAGGCUCUUUCUAGAUCGGAGCGAACAAGAUCAAGCUCCUAAAAGUAAAAUAAAAGCCGCAUGCCGCGAUCGGCGGCGGCAGAACUGAGUUGGUACUUUAAGGGAAACCUCGUAAAUUAUCUUCUAGCAGUUUAUAAGUUUUAACUCAACGCUUCGCUCUUCAGGUGCUUAGAAGUGUCAAGGCCACUUCGGUGCCCGUCUCUGAAUCAGAGAUAGUUGUAGUACGCUGCCAAACCUCAUUUUAACUCUAGACUGAUUUUUUUAAAAAUAUCAACUGUGACUAUAUUUUGAAUAUAUCUUGUAAGUUUAGAUUCGAAACACGGCGAGUUUCCCUUUAAAAUUGUUAGUGCUGCACAUAUGUUCAGUUCCCUCCCGCUUGUGCCUUCUGCCUUCAUGUCGGCAUGUUCAAAACGAAAAUUGAGAAAAGAAACACUUACCAAAAUAGAACUUUGGAGCAAAAUCUAAAACGUUUUGGCUAACGAUUGAGAUGCAUGAUGGUUCGGGGGAACGUGCUUUAACUUAUUAUUUAUUGUCUACUAUUAAUCAUCAUUAUUAUUAUUAUCAUUACGAUUGUAAGAGGGACGACGUUGUUGAAUCAACCCAGAGGCAAAAAGAGGAUUACUUGGUGUGACCUGCUGAUGCAAUAAAGUGUUAUGUUUGUAGCUGCUGUUGAACGUGGAGACUUCCUUCCGUCCUUCCCGAGCUUCAAACCCUGUUGUAUGACGAUUACACAAGACAAAACUGGA